AAGUUAGCAGCGCGGAGCGCCAGCAACACGUCAUCUGUCAUCUGGGACAGAGCUUGGCUGUGUGUGUAUGGUUUUUUUUGGGCAAAAUAUCCAGCAUCUAAUAAUUAAUUCGUCAAAGUCCACUGAAAAUGUGCGAGUGAUGUUAAUAAAAAUACUAAAUACAGAGCAAAUACCAAAUUAAGCUAUCAGCAAAAGAGGUUAUAAGUGUAACGCCUUCCGAUUGCAAUAAAAGUUUCAAAAGUCCAACAACAAAAACAACAACAAUAGUAAAAGCAAAGCGUAGUGUAUGACGAAUAAAAAAGAAACAACGUCAACAACAAUUAAUAAAAAAAGAAUUAACAACAGGAAACGCAGGUAAUCAAGGCAGCGAAGCAAAUUGACUUGAAAUGAGAUGCAAACUCGACGACGCCAUCAACAAACGGACCAGCAGGAAUACAGCAGCAAUUACAGUGUCCCAAACACGUCAUUGCAGCAAAACCAGCAGCAACACCAGGAACAGCAGCAUUCACUAAUCCAACUGGGACAGCAGCAACAACAACAACCAGUGUUAUACGUCACACAGCAGCCAGUGUUGGAGGCUGCCAUUAAUAUUGGCGAACCGCAGUCGAUUUCCGGAGACGUUGACGCUGACGAUAAAUACGAUAAAGCAGCCCGCCAGUGGAAUCUAUUCAGCGGUAUCUCGUCCCGCUCUGGCCAGGCGUUGCGAACGUUCAUCCAACAGCCACUGUGCGCUGCUGCGGCUGUCGUUACAGGCAAUCAUUCCACCCAAGGGUACAACAAAGUUGACAACAACAACAGCAGCAGCAGCAACUACUACGAGAAGAACGUCUACAGUUUUGGUGGAGCGCAGCCGGAACGUGGAAACUUUGAUUUGGAACAGGAGGAACAACCGGAGGUAUUCAUAAUGGCCGCCCGAGAUCGUACGGGCGAAUUUGCGAAUGCGAUACGUUCGCUACAAUCACGUAACAUCACACGGGCCGUCAACAUACGGGAUCCGCGCAAGGCCAAACAGGUCCAGAGCUAUUCCGAGUUCAUGAUGGUCGCCCGUUUCAUUGGCAAGAACAUUGCCAGCACAUACGCCAAACUGGAGAAGCUGACCAUGUUGGCCAAAAAGAAGAGUCUAUUUGACGAUAGACCGCAGGAAAUUCAGGAGUUGACGUACAUCAUCAAAGGCGAUUUGAAUGCGCUAAAUCAACAGAUCGCCAAGCUGCAAGACAUCUCCAAGGAUCAGCGACGGACCACAAAUGGCAAGCAUCUGGUCUCACAUUCCUCGAACAUGGUGCUCGCCCUGCAAUCCAAACUGGCCAGCAUGAGUACAGACUUCAAGCAGAUACUUGAGGUGCGCACCGAAAAUCUCAAGCACCAGAAGACGCGACGCGACCAUUUUAGCCAAGGACCCGGUCCGCUGGCUGCUCACACCGUUUCACCAUCGACUGCUAAGCAGGGCUCGCUGCUGCUCAGCGAGGAGAAUCAGGCGGUGAGCAUAGAUAUGAUGGGUGGCAGCGAUACGACGCCGCUGCUCGGUCCACCGGCGCGACUGCAGCAACAGCAGCAGCAGCUGGCCAUCUACGAUGAGUCCGACACGUAUGUGCAACAGCGUGCCGAGACAAUGCAGAACAUUGAAUCGACCAUUGUGGAGUUGGGCGGCAUCUUUCAGCAACUCGCGCACAUGGUUAAGGAGCAGGAGGAGAUUGUAGAACGCAUCGAUACGAAUGUGGCGGACGCUGAAUUGAAUAUUGAGGCGGCACAUGGCGAGAUUCUUAAAUAUUUUCAAUCCGUUUCCAAAAAUCGCUGGCUCAUGAUUAAGAUAUUCGGUGUUUUGAUAUUUUUCUUCCUAUUCUUUGUUGUUUUUAUGUCAUAAUUAAUGCUAAAUAUCCCCAUACCAAACACCCCAAAAAUCCCCAAACUCCCGCAAUUCUAAAUUAUUGUGAAUACAUGGCAUACACAUAUACAUCUAUAUAUAUAUAUUUUUAUGAAAAUUGGAGUUUGAAAUGUACUAUAGCAAAGAUUGAAUGCAAAAUCGAGUUUUCGACUAACGAUUGUAAAAUAAAAUUAUCAAGAUAUGUACACAAAAUGUAGGUUGAACUGUUGAAAUUUGUAUAUAUCCAUAUCAGUGUUGGCUCUGAUAAGAAUGUGCUCUAAUCUUUACGACGUCAAGUGCUCAGAUCCGUAGUGCUGCCCCAAAGAUAUAACAUUCUCAAGCGUCAGUCGAAGAGGCCGCUGUCCUUCAAGCUAUGUGGAAAAUAAAUCCAUUAUCAAGCAUA